ACGACUGCUAAUCUUUGAGCUUGGCUACUUCAUAUUAUAUCUGAGAAACCCUAACAGAGCUGCCGCCAGGAAAAUAUGGACGUUCAGGUUAGGAAAAGCGCGAAAAGAACGAAGAAGAACGGUGGAGGCAGGAAGGGGAAGAAGAGGCGAAUCUCCGGUCCUCACUUGCCGAACACGCUUCGGAAGGCGAUCGAACACAUCAAUGAGAAGUCGAAUGGUCGAUUGGAUUCCGAGGGCGACGAAGAGAUCGAUUCGGAUGAAGGGAACGGAGAUGUGUAUGAGUAUGAGGAAGGGAUUCCUGAGGAGGAGUCCAGGAAGAACGCCCGCUUCGAUCGUGUUGAAAACUACGAAUACGAGCUCCCUGAGAAUUUUGAGGAUGAAGACGUGCAGUCUGAUGACGGUGAUGACGACGAGGUUAGCAAGAACAGUGACGAUGAAGACAAAACAGAAGACGAGGAGGAUGACGAUGAAGAAAGACACUCACGGAUGUUGCAAGCAAUAACUGGAAUGCCGACUGCAGCUUCCAAAGGCAAGAAGAACAGCAAGCCCGUCUUCAUAUCCGAAGUAUAUCCAGAAUCGGAAUUCAAUCCUACCCGUGAUGUUCUGGAGGGUGAUGGUCGCAUCACAAUCGAAGAUCUUCUGGAGCCUCUUCAAGGAAACUCUGCAUUUAGCGAAAUCAGAAAGAGGAUCUCGGGUAUGAAAAAAGAUUCAAUAUCUCUCAGUGCUCCUUUACCGAAGCCAGAACGGGAAAGACUGGAGCGGAAGGCAGUGAAAGAAUUAGUUGCAAAGGAGUUCAAUAAAUGGGUGCCCCUGGUAAAGAAAAAUAGGGAGGCACCAACUGUUUAUUUUAACCAAGAUGUCGAUGUAGGAAUUUCAACUGUUGGUGCAAUAGCAUCAGAAUUUGAACCCCGGACAGAGUUUGAGAAGAAAAUGGCAUCUGUGCUCCAUGAUGACAAAGUUCUAGAGGCUCAUAAGGAAGAUGGUGCCCUACUUCUUGAAAUGAAUGAGAUGUCUGUGGAAGAUCAUAUAAAGGACCGCGAUCAUAUUGCCAAGAUGCGGAGCCUCCUCUUCCGGCACGAGCUCAAAAGUAAACGGAUCAAGAAGAUCAAGUCUAAAACUUAUCAUCGCCUUAAAAAUAAAGAUAAGAUGAAAUCGGCAGUCGAUAUGUUAAUGGACCCAGAAAUUGCGAAAGAAGAGGCAAUGAAACAGGAUUUCAAACGGGCAGAGGAACGUAUGACACUAAGGCAUAAAAACAAGUCAAAGUGGGCCAAACGUAUGAUAGAUCGUGGACUGAAUGUUAGAGAUGAGGGAACUAGAGCAGCUAUAGCUGAACAAUUGCAGAUGAACACUAAUUUAACCAGAAAGAUGAACUCUAUGAAAGAUGAAAGUAGCAGCGAUGAGAGCGAUGAUGAAGAAGAAUUCAAUGAUGGUUUAGAUGAGGAUAACGUGUCCAAAUUGUUAGCAAAAGCAGAGGAGAAGACUCUCAAGGCUGUGGAAGAUGAGGGUGAAUUGCCUGCCUCUGGUGUUAUGUCUUUACCUUUCAUGGUACGUGCAAUGAAAAAGAGGAAUGAUGAAGCUGUUGAGGAAGCUAAACAUGCACUUGAGGUGUAUGGAGAACUCAAGAGUGCCGAUGGUGCUGAAAAUGCUGAAAAAAGCAUGACUGUUAGUGGCAGAAGGGUAUUUGGUGCGGCUGGCAGAAAGGAGGCUCCGAAAGAGUUGAAGAAGAAAGAGUCAGAUAACUUUUAUGACACCAGUGACAGCGAAAAUGAUGUGGAUGACAAAGAAGAUGCCGCCAACUUCGGGGUUGAAAGAGAUGAUGCGCUGGAAAAGGAAGCUGAUAUUGAUGAAGUUCUACCUGCUGGAAACACUGAGAAAUUUGGUGAUGAUGUCGGGAAUCCAGCAUCCAAGACAACUUUUGAUGUUGCGAUAUUUGCAUCUGGCUCUUGGAAGAAGGUGAAAAAUGGGAAGAAAGCUGAUGCUGCAAAUAACAAACAACCAUCAAAGAAGACUGUACGGGCUUUGCAGGGCCAAGAUAAAGAGGAAGCAAGCGAUGAAGAAAGUGGGGAUUCAGACACGGAAAUGGGACAAAUGGUUGAUGGGGUUAUGUCUUCAGUCCGAGAGGAUAAAUAUGAACUCCCUUCUCAGGCGGAGCUUAUGCGCCAUGGUUUUGCCGGUGAUGACGUUGCAGAUGAAUUUGAGAAGGAUAAGCUGGAGAUAUUAAACGAAGAAAAUCCAGAACCCGAAAAGCCAAUUCUAAUUCCGGGAUGGGGCCAGUGGGCCCAUAUCCAACAGAAGAAAGGUUUGCCGUCAUGGAUGCUGAAGGAACACGAAGAUGCGAAAAAGAAGAGGGAUCAAGCUCUCAAGAGCAGGAAGGAUGCUCGUCUCAAGCAUGUCAUCAUAUCGGAAAAAAUCGAUAAGAAGGCUGAGAAACUGCACACGAAGGCAUUGCCUUUCCCUUAUACAUCAAAGGAAGUGUUUGAACAAAGUAUCCGAGUACCCAUUGGACCAGAGUUUAAUCCAGCGACCACUAUUGGAGCUCUGAACCGGCCCGAGGUUGUGAAGAAACCGGGGGUGAUGAUAAAUCCAGUUAAGUACGAGGAGGUGAAUCCACACGAGAAAGAUGAUGACCGGCGGCCUCGAAACAAGCAGAAGCAAAAACCGGUAAAGGGUAAAAGCGGCAGAGGCAAAAACAAAGCCAAGUCGAAGUAAAAGCAAAGGCUCCGGUCAUAAUGCAGAAUAUUUCUACUGAACAACUGGUCAUGUUCAAGUUAUAUCAGCAAAGCAAGCAGUAUAGGUAUUACGGAGGCAUUGGCAGCAGAAGCCACGAAGAAAUCUUCCUAGCAAAAAUCUUUGCUGUUGUUUGUCCAUCGAAUUUUGAUCCCUGUAGCCAUUUUUUGUUAUAAUUUAUUACCUUUGCAUUGGUUGAGAGCCACAAAGAGUAGAGGUACUUCGAUCCUCUAAAGGGCAUAACUGUUUUAUGAGUCAUUUUUGUCA